AUGGGCUUUGACUGUGUUUGGAUCACUCCCGUGGUGGACGCCAACGGGUUCAUGGGAUACGAUGCCGUGAACAUCUUUGACAUUGAGCCUCAUUUCGGCACCAAGGAGAGCUACCGAGGUACAGAGUAUUUGAUCGCCUGGCCACCACCUCCUUUCAAUCCAUCAGAGGAUAAUGCCAGGCUCAAGAAGCUCAAACAAGCUGGAGAGGCAGAUUGCGGACAUCAUGUCGCAGAACAGACAGAGUGUGCAUGCUUUCCUGGCAACAUGGGCUUCAAUUGCCCUUCUCUAAGCCCCACCGAUUUCAGCACAGGCUACCUGGGUGUUCUGGGGGACCUGAAUCACAGCAACCCUUUCGUGCGACAGACUUUGCUGAAGUGGGUGCACGAGAUGGUUCAAAACUACAGUUUGGAUGCCCUGCGGCUUGACACCGCGGUGUAUUUGGACAGAGGCUUUCUACCAGAAGUCCAGGAAGCAGCUGGCGUGCAAGUGCUGGGCGAAGCGACGGUCAACAAUCUGACUUUCCAGGCGUCGCUAAUGCAUGGUGGCGGUCAGAGUGGCCUUCUGGGUUUGUUGAACUUUCCGCCCUUCUACCAGCUUCCGCGGGCUUUUUGUGGCUAUCGCAUUGGUGGGGACUUUGGAGAUUACUCUUUACAAGGACUCCUUGACCUUUCUGGGGAGUUUUGUUGCAGGAUCCGGCAAGCCUUGGUAUGGGUCUUUCUGUCCCGUGGCAUUCCAAUUCUAUACUACGGCACGGAGCAGGGCCUGGAUGGGCAUCAAGGUCGUUGGUUCGAUGCCCUCUCGGGCAAACCGAUGACUCAGCAUUUGAAGAAGGGCUGCUUUGAAGCUCCCGACAAAUUCCCAAAGGAUGAUGUGGGCGCCAUGGAUGCCAGGUCCAAUUUCACAGGUGAACACCCCUUCGGCUUCUCCAUUCUCACUGCGGAAAGGACCUAUGAGCUCUUCACCCAUUCCUACCAGGAUGCGGAGCUCUGGGUCUCCGCACUGAAUGCAGCGCGGGACAUCGCCAAUGGCAAAGUGCCGGUGCAGGCUUCAACAGCUUCAGUGCCGCGACCAGCCUGCGAAGGUAAUGACACCUAA